GUAAAUUUAAAAAACUAUCCCUCUCUCUCUCUCUCCAUGUUGCGUAUGGAAUGGAGAUGUGAAAAGUCAGCGACUCUCUUUCUCUUUCUAUAAACUCAUCUUUCUCUUUUUCUUUUGUUUCUUUCUUAUUAACAACACAAGAAUCAGUUUCAGUUUCAAACCUGUCCCCUUAUUAACUUUCUUUUUCUUUCCUCCUUAAUACCCAAAAUACCUAUAUAUGUGCUUCAAAACAUGUAUAAGAAGAAACUCUUGUUUUUCCCUUAACUAUGUGUAGUAGUAUCUUUGUGUCAUCAACAACAAGUAUGGACAAUUACCAAGGUGAUUUAACUGACAUAAUCAGAGCUACUGGUACUGGAGCUGGAGCAUAUAGUACAAUCACUUCAUCAUCAUCUUCUGAACCUCUCUUACAACAUCAUCAUGAUGAUAAUCAGUGGCAUCCUCAUCAUCAACAUCAUCAGCAUCAUCAACCUAUGAGUUUCUCUAAUUCUAUUCUUGAAGACAACAGAUCAGGAUCAACAAACAACAUCAACAUGAACAUGAACAUGAACAUCUUUGGUGAUCCAUUAUUCUCAACUUUAAGAGAUCCAUUUCUACAAGAGCUUGAUCAUAUACCUUCUUCUUCCUACUUCAACAUCCCAACUAGUAGUAUAAUUGAUGUUGCAGCAGCUUCUGGUGUUAGCGUUACUACUUCAUCAUCUUCUUCUCUUUCUGCUUCUGCUUCUGUUUUUGCACUUGAUCAAGAUCAUCAUCAUAAUCAUAAUCAUCAUGAGAUGAUGAGAUCAGGUUCAAGGCCAUGUAAGAACAUAUUCUCAAACAUGAUUCAGAUCUCUCCUAAUGCAACAAAGCUAUCAAAUUAUGAAUCUUCUUCUUCCACCAUGGCACCUUCUCCAAGGCAAAUUAAACCUGUUGUUGCUGUUUCAACCAACAUCAAUAUUAAUGCUAAGGAUUCUCUUCUAGACAACACAGGAUCAGGAACAGUUCAGAUCUCAUCUUCAAGGAAUAAUACAGGCCUUAAACGAAGAAAGAAUCAGGCAAAAAAGGUGGUUUGUAUUCCUGCACCAGCAGCUGCAAACAGUAGACAAACUGGUGAAGUUGUUCCUUCAGAUUUGUGGGCUUGGAGAAAAUAUGGUCAGAAACCCAUUAAAGGUUCACCUUAUCCAAGGGGUUAUUACAGAUGCAGCAGUUCAAAGGGUUGUUCGGCAAGGAAACAAGUUGAGAGAAGCAGAACAGAUCCAAACAUGUUAGUUAUAACCUACACUUCAGAACACAAUCAUCCAUGGCCAACACAAAGAAAUGCUUUAGCAGGUUCAACAAGAUCUCAACCCUCCAAAAACAGCACUUCCAUGAAAAGCUCAGAAACUUCAUCUCAACCACAAACUGACACAACAACAACAACAACAACAACAACAACAAAGACAAAAGAAGAACAACAUCAAGAGAGUGAUGGAAAUGGAAAUGAUUCACCAGUUGUUAACAGUGUGAAGGAAGAGAGUAUGGAAGAUAUAGAGAAGUUGCAAAUUGAGAUGGAUGAAGGAGUAGAAUUCAAUGAUGCACUUUCUUAUAAGCCUUGUUUGAUGGAAAAUAAUCAAAGUCAUGAGGAUUUUUUUGCUGAGUUAGGUGAAAUUGAAGCUGAUCCAUUAGACCUAUUGUUUAAUCAAGGUUUUGGUGGUAAUUCAAGCAAUGAUAUUAUUCAUCAAAGAGAUCAUCAAUCCAAGAGUUUAGAUGCAUUUCAUCUCUUUGACUGGUCAGGUGACAACAACAACAACAACAACAACAACAAUAAUGCCAACAACUCAUUUGAAGAACCAAAUAAAAGAAGGUUAUUAUGAAAACAAGACCUAGAAUUUGAAUGCAUGCACCUAGAAGAAACCAAUAUCUUAUAUCUUCCUCACAAAAAAGAGACCUAAUUUUCAAUCUUGCUUUUUACUAUUAUUUGGUGAAGGUGCUAUACUAUUCAAGGUCAUGUUUGGUUCUUUCUUAUCAUCUCAUUUGAAGUGUGUCUUGUGAGGGAAACAUAUUUAAGAAUUUUCAUUUUUUCUUUACUAUAGAAAAAGUUGAAAUAGCAACAAAAAUUUAGAGACAGAAAAAUACAAUAUUUGUUCUUUAUUUUGCUUUUAAAUAUUCAUGACUAAAUAUAUUUUUCAUGUCUCAUAUUUUCGUUGUUAUUUCAACAGUUAUAUUUUUUGAAUUUAUAUUGUCUGCAGCCGAUAUAAAACACAUUCAAUUAGUCUUUUAUACGUAAACUCUUGAAUUCGUUCGUUUAUUAUAUAAAAACGAUCGAAUUCAAGAGUUUAAAUAUAUCCACUAUUUGAAUGCAUGUAUUAUGUAGAUUGUAGGUAAUACAAAUUCAACUUUUUUUCUUGUUAUUUACCAGAAGAGGCAGAGAGAGAAAAAUUAUUAGUAGAGUGAAAAAAGAGAAAGAGUGCUGGUUGGUUGAUUGGAAGCAAACCAAACUGAGUCCCACAUUCGUUUUGGAAUAUUGGUGGAUGGGACAGAAAGCUGAGGAACAGAAGGUUGCAAUAGUUGAAACAAGUACAUUUCACUAUAUACAAGACAUGAUCACUCGAAAACUCAGUAGUGAGUGAUGAUGUUGAGUAGAUUGAUGAUGAAAAGAAAAAAAAAAAAGAUAAGACUAGGCCUUUCAUCUUUUCAAGUGGAAAAAAUAAUUUAUUUACAAAGCUUGCAUGUGAGAGUAUUAUUAUUCUAAUUGCAAAAUGAGUGAAAAAGAGAAGAAUUUGGAUUCCAAGAUAUGGUUGAUGUCUUGAUGAGAUGAAGUUUAUGAAAAAGACAAGAAUAUGUAUAUAGAAAGGUUAAAGGUUAAAGUUUAUAUAUUUAUAUUUAUUUAUUUAUAAAUAUAUAUAAUAUAUAAAGCUUGACUUUUCAUAUCAGUCACCUCUACUAGUCUAGGGAUGUGUGACAUGAGAGGUGAAAUGCAUGCUUUGGUUCCUCAGCUUUGUGUUUUCUUAUUAUUAUCCACCGACUUGUUUGUGUUCAUUGAUUUGAAUUUUAAUGUGAAAUUAUAUUAUUAAUUUUUAGUUUAUCAUUGAGAAAAUGAUUAUACAAUUGUUAGUAUAUUAUUACUGUUAUAUUUAUGGUGGGUGUAGUUUGUGUUUAGAUAACAAAAUCCAUCCAGCAAAACGAGGUUGGCAUUUAAUCAUUUAGCAUGUGCAUGCUCAACUAUUUGUGCAUGUUUUAUUUUUAUAAUUGUAUAAUCCAUGAUCAUAGAUUGAUAUAAUAAUAAGUAUGGAAAAUAUGUACAUAAUAUUUAACUGUAAUUAUUGAAAAAUUUAAACUAAUUGAUAACUUGAUUAGAGGAUAUGUAAGAAGUUAGAGAUGAGAUAGGAUACAUUGAUAAUAUGAGAAUUUCAAUAAUUGUAAACCUAAAAUGUAUAAUACCUUAGAUGGUAAUUUCAGGUUUUUCUAUAGAAAUGUAGAAGUUGAGGGUUGAAAACAGUAAUAGAUAUAUGUACUAGUAAAAGAUUGUAAAUCUCUCUCUUGAAGUGUGUAGAAAUUCUUCUUCCUUAGAGUAAGAAUUAGGGUUUAAGGGAAUACACUAA